AUGGUUUUGCCAGUUGAUGAAAGUUUAACAGAAUCUUUAGGAAUCAGAUCCAAAUACGCUUCGUUGCGGAAAGAUGCACUGUUGAAAUCUGUGUUUGGUGGUGCCAUUUGCCGGAUGUAUCGCUUCCCCACGACAGACGGAAACCACCUGCGAAUCCUGGAGCAAAUGGCAGAGAGCAUUUUGUCACUGCACAUCCCCAGGCAGUUCGUGAAGCUGCUUCUAGAGGAAGAUGCAGCAAGGGUUUGUGAGCUGGAAGAGCUAGGAGAGUUGUCUCCCUGUUGGGAAAGCCUUCGUCGACAAAUAGUUACUCAGUACCAAACAAUUAUAUUAACUUAUCAAGAAAAUCUAACAGACCUGCAUCAGUAUAAAGGUCCUUCAUUUAAAGCCAGUAGCCUGAAAGCUGAUAAAAAGUUGGAAUUCGUUCCCACAAAUUUACAUAUACAGAGAAUGAGAGUCCAGGAUGAUGCAGGAUCAGAUCAGAACUACGACAUAGUCACCAUAGGAGCACCAGCAGCUCACUGUCAAGGCUUUAAAUCAGGUGGCUUGCGGAAAAAGUUGCAUAAAUUUGAAGAAGCAAAGAAACACAGUUAUGAGGAGUGUUGCACUUCCACAAGCUCCCAGUCUAUAAUCUACAUCCCACAGGACAUCGUUAGAGCAAAGGAAAUCAUUGCACAAAUCAACACCCUGAAAACUCAAGUCAGUUACUAUGCGGAAAGGCUCUCAAGAGCUGCCAAGGAUAGAUCAGCUAAUGGUCUUGAAAGAACGCUUGCCAUCCUGGCAGACAAGACCCGGCAACUUGUCACAGUCUGUGACUGCAAGCUGUUGGCAAAUUCAAUACAUGGACUGAAUGCUGCAAGGCCAGAUUACAUAGCUUCCAAGGCUUCCCCAACCUCUGGGGAAGGGGAACAAGUGAUGCUGAGGAAUGACCAAGACACACUUGUGGCCAGAUGGACAGGAAGAAAUAGUCGAUCUUCUUUGCAGGUGGAUUGGCACGAAGAGGAAUGGGAGAAGGUGUGGUUGAAUGUUGACAAAAGUCUGGAGUGUAUUAUACAGAGGGUGGACAAACUCCUCCAGAAGGAGCGCUUGCAGAGCGACAGCUGCGAAGACGUUUUCCAGUGCGACACCAGCUGCACGAGUAAGAAAGAUUGCAGCCCCGCUCCGGAGGAAUCCGGCCCAGGUGAAUGGAGCGAGGCUCUUUACCCCUUGCUGACGACACUCACGGACUGUGUAGCCAUGAUGAGUGACAAGGCCAAGAAAGCCAUGGUCUUUUUAUUGAUGCAGGACAGUGCUCCAACGAUAGGGCUCUGCCUGAGCCUUCAGUAUCGCAGGGACGUUGUCUUCUGCCAAACUCUGACAGCCCUUAUUUGUGGUUUCAUUAUCAAGCUGAGGAACUGCCUACACGAUGAUGGAUUUCUGAGGCAACUCUAUACCAUCGGCUUGCUGGCGCAGUUUGAGAGCCUGCUGAGCACUUAUGGUGAGGAGCUGGCAAUGCUGGAGGACAUGAGUUUGGGAAUAAUGGACUUAAGGAAUGUAACCUUUAAAGUAACUCAGGCCACGUCAAGUACAUGUACUGAUAUGCUGCCAGUCAUCACUGGAAAUCGCGAUGGUUUUAACGUGAGGAUCCCUUUGCCAAGCGCCUUGUUUGACUUGCUGCCGCGAGAGAUUCAGAGCGGGAUGUUGCUGAGGGUGCAGCCUGUGCUUUUCAACGUGGGGAUCAAUGAGCAGCAAACCCUCGCAGAGAAGUUUGGAGACACGUCGCUGCAAGAAGUAAUUAACAUGGAAAGUUUAGUCCGGUUGAAUUCAUAUUUUGAACAGUUCAAAGAAGUUUUGCCUGAUGAUUGUCUACCUCGAUCUCGUAGUCAGACAUGCCUGCCUGAACUGUUAAGAUUUUUGGGACAAAAUGUACAUGCAAGGAAAAAUAAGAAUGUUGAUAUCCUUUGGCAAGCUGCUGAGGUGUGCCGCAGACUGAACGGUGUUCGUUUUACAAGCUGUAAAAGUGCCAAGGACAGGACAGCCAUGUCCGUCACCCUAGAGCAGUGUUUGAUCCUACAGCAUGAACAUGGUAUGGCUCCCCAGGUCUUCACCCAGGCUCUGGAGUGUAUGAGGAGUGAGGGUUGUCGGCGAGAAAAUACAAUGAAGAAUGUUGGAUGUCGCAAGUAUGCGUUUAAUUCCCUGCAACUGAAGGCUUUCCCAAAGUAUUACAGGCCUCCAGAAGGAACUUAUGGAAAAGUUGAAACAUAAGCUUACUCUGUCCUUUAAUUGCUGUUCCAUUAAAACAUGUGGAUAUGCUCUAGAUUAAUAUAUGAUUUUGUCAUCCAGAACAGAUAAAUAACUUUUUUGUACGUUUUGCUAGAUUAUCCGGAGCAUGUUACUUAAAGAAUUGGAAUCUAUAGUAACAGUUAUUCUGACACCUUAGCUUGAGAGUAGUGAUGACUCUGCCCAAUUAAAUAGCCUUCAGUGUAUGUAAGAUGAACAGAUGUUUUACCAUUUAAUACUUACCUAUAUGCAAAUAGCUAGGUACCUCCUGGAUGGCAUGGACUUUAUGAGUAAAUGGCACCUAGGCAGCUGUUUCACAUAACAUCUUUUAUACUGAGUUGACUUGAGAUUGAGCUUUUCAUAAACUUUUUAAAACCGAG